AUGGUGAAAUCCCUUUUCAAUAUUUGCUUGUCGGCCGUCUGCCAGCAUCAGCUCAACCAACAUCUGGCGCUCAUCCCAAUCGAAUGUAAACAGAAACUUCUGGAAUUCUUUACCAACCAUGACCAGUUAUCUACCUUGGAUUGCGACCGACUCGUUUCCUCACCGUCUUUUGCCGAUAACCUCACCGAGCUAAAGUUCUACCUUACCUUAGAGUGA